AUGGUCACCAUCUGGUGGCUGUUGUAUGCAGUCACUACAGGCGCAGAUGCAGCUGACUUGGCAAAAUAUGUCCUGACGGACACCGGGUCAACCGGAGGCGGGAACACAUUCCCAGGAGUCUCGUGGCCAUUCGGCAUGGUGAAACUCGGACCGGAUCUAUACACCGGCAGCGACUCAUACUCUGGAUACCAGCCCACCGGUAACUUCACGGGUUUCAGUAUGCUCCAUGAAAGUGGCACGGGCGGCGCGCCGAAAUACGGCGUGGUGUCACAGAUGCCGGUUGUUGGGGCCGUCACGAAUCCCUUGAGCGACGCCAUGAAUGAUACACGCGCCGAGAAGGACUUCACCGAAGUGGGAUACUACAAAGCGACUUUGGGCUCCGGCACCGUCGUCGGGCUAUAUGCGUCCAGAAAGGCCGGUCUAUACCGGUACGAGUUUCCCAACACGGCAGCGCCAAAGAACGUGCUCGUCGAUGUAUCGCAUGUCUUGUCGUCGUAUAGAGGCCAAGGCCUGGAGCAGCACUUUGUCGCGGGAAACAUCAGCAUAGUCCCAACCGAAAAGGGAGAUACAGACUUGAAAUACAUUGGCUGGGGCACUUACGACAACGGUUGGAACAGAACUGCUCCCUGGACCGUCUACUUUUGCGGCCACUUCAAUCGUCCUUUCACAUACAAGACGUUUCUGGGGAAGGACAAGACUACCGACCAUCUUGUCGAGUUUUCGAAUAAAUCUGCAUCAUACCAGUCCGACACCGCCCGUCUCGGCGCCUUAUUCACUUUCAACCACACCAACGUCGUCUCCCGGGUCGGCGUGUCCUUCAUCUCCACGGACCAAGCGUGCGGUAAUGUCGACGAAGAGAUUUCCCAGGAAUCAGACGGCUGGGAUCUUCGGAAUAAGACACGAGACGAGUGGAACGUCAACGUCCUGGGAAGGAUCACCACCCCGGACACCAACGUCACCAAGCUGACGCAGUUGUAUACGGCCAUGUAUUUCAUGCACCUGCUGCCGACGAGAAAGACUGGUGAGAAUCCCGGGUGGAACAGCAGCGAGCCGUAUUACGACGACAUCUUUACCCUCUGGGACACUCACAGGUGUACCACGGCGCUCUUCCACGUUCUCCAGGAAGAGUACUACGCGGAAUUCAUACGCUCUCUGAUUGAUACGUAUCGCCACACGGGCUGGCUUCCAGACGGCCGCUCAUCCUUCUCCAAUGGCGCUGUGCAAGGCGGCACCAAUGCGGACAACGUCCUUGCCGACGCGUACGUCAAGGGAGUAGCUGGCACAUCGCCCAACGGCGGCAUCAACUGGGAAGAUGCGUACGAGGCACUCCUCAAGAACGCAAACACCGUGCCACCAAACAACCAUGACCCGAGAGAUCCAACCGGCAGUACGGCCGAGGGCAAAGGCGCACUACCUGACUACAGCCAACUCGGCUACAUCACGCCCAGGUUUGGACGAUCCGUCAGCCGAGCCGUCGAAUAUUCGAUGAACGACUUCUCCCUCGCCGUCGUGGCCGCCGGCCUCGGCAAGGACAUCUUCGCCACGUACUUCAACCGCUCGCGCAACUGGCGCAACCACUGGAACACCAACAUGACGGCCCUCAACUUCACAGGCUUCCUCGGCCCCCGCAACACCAGCGGCUUCGUGCCCCAGGACCCCCUCUCGUGCGGCGGCUGCUACUGGCGCGACGCCUACUACCAGGCGCUGCCGUGGGAAUACUCCUUCAACGCGCACCACGACCUGCGCACCGUGGCCGAGUACAUGGGCGGGCCCGAACGCUUCGUCCAGCGGCUCGAAAAGACCUUUGAGCCGGGCGCGUACCCGGGCAACAAGCCGUUCGGAAACACCAUCUUCAACCCGGGCAACGAGCCGAGCUUCACAACGCCCUACCUGUACCACUACGCGGGCCGCCAGGACCUGGCCGUCCGGCGAAGCAGGCACGUCGCCGAGUCGUACUACGCCCACCCCAAGACUUUGCCUAGCAUAUUCGACAUAUCUGUGUAUAGCGCGAUGGACAAAUACAUCUAG